AUGUCGAGCACAAGCACCAAGAUUGGCCAUGGCCUGGCCAAGGUCUUGGGCAUCAAGCUCGAGAAGCCCGAAAACGAAGAGAUGUUGCGCGGCGAGUCUGUCUUCUCUGUCCAGUCCUCGGACACAUUCGUUGAGGAGGAGCCAACAACGGCUGAGUGGCUCCUCGAACUUCUUCCCGACGGCCACGAAGUCCUUGCAUACAUCCGCUCUCUCUUCCCCUUCCUCAACUGGAUUGGUCACUAUAACCUGCAGUGGUUCCUUGGUGACUUGGUCGCCGGUGUCACUGUUGGUGCUGUUGUGGUACCCCAGGGUAUGGCUUACGCUUUGCUCGCAAAGCUUGAACCUCAGUUCGGUCUCUACUCAUCCUUCAUGGGUGUCAUUAUCUACUGGUUCUUCGCUACAUCCAAGGAUAUCACCAUCGGGCCCGUAGCUGUUAUGUCCACUGUCGUUGGUAACCUUAUUACCGAUGUCCAGGCGGACUUUCCCCAAUACGAAGGUCAUCAGAUUGCGUCUGCUCUAGCUAUCAUUGCCGGCGCCAUCAUUCUCUUCAUUGGCCUGAUUCGAAUGGGAUGGAUUGUCGACUUGAUCUCUUUGACCUCUCUGUCAGCCUUCAUGACUGGUUCUGCCAUCAGCAUCGCUGUUGGCCAAUUGGUCACAUUGUUGGGCAUCAAGGGUGUCAACACAAGAGAGGCUACCUACCUGGUCUUCAUCAACACCCUCAAGGCCCUCCCCAAGACAAAGCUGGAUGCUGCCAUGGGCCUGACUGCCCUCACCAUGCUCUACCUUUUGCGGUUCAUCUUCACUAGUCUGGCCAAGAAGUAUCCUCAGAAGUCGAAGCUUUUCUUCUUCCUCUCGACCUUACGAACUGUCUUCGUCAUCCUUCUCUACACCAUGAUCAGUUGGCUGGUCAACAUGAACAGACGGUCAAACCCGCUGUUCAAGAUCUUGGGAGAAGUUCCAAGAGGUUUCCAGAAUGCUGGCGCCCCGAAGGUCGACACCGACCUCAUCAGCGCUUUCUUGCCUUUCCUGCCUGCCAGCGUUAUUGUGUUGGUCAUUGAGCACGUUGCCAUCUCGAAAUCUUUCGGUCGCGUCAACAACUACACCAUCAACCCGUCUCAAGAGUUCGUUGCUAUUGGUGUUACCAACGUCAUCGCACCUUUCCUUGGCGGGUAUCCCUCUACGGGCUCGUUCAGUCGUACUGCUAUCAAGUCCAAGGCUGGCGUCAGAACUCCCUUCGCUGGUGUCAUCACUGGCCUUAUUGUCUUGCUCGCCAUCUACGCUCUCACGGCUGUGUUCUUCUACAUCUCCAGCGCGUCACUGGCUGCAGUCAUUAUCCAUGCCGUCGGCGAUCUUAUUACGCCGCCCAACACUGUUUACCAAUUCUGGCGUGUCUCGCCCCUUGAAGUCGUCAUCUUCUUCGUCGGUGUCUUUGUCACCAUUUUCUCUUCCAUCGAGAACGGAAUUUACGCCACAAUCUGCAUCUCUGCCGUGCUGCUCCUCUGGCGCAUUCUCCGUAGCCAGGGACGCUUCCUCGGAAAGGUCAAGAUUCACUCCGUCGUCGGCGACCACGUCAUUGGCGAAGACCACCGACAAGUCAUUGGUGAGUACGGCACCUUCAACGCCAGCGAUAACGCCGCCCGCAACGUUUUCCUGCCCAUCGACCACGGCGACGGAUCCAACCCCGAGGUCUCCUUGGACGAGCCGUACCCCGGCAUCUUCAUCUACCGCUUCUCCGAGGGCUUCAACUACCCGAACGCCAGCCACUCCCUCGAGUACCUCACCGAUUACAUCUUUGCCCGGACGCGCCGCACAAACAUGCAGUCGUACGGAAGACUGGGCGACCGCCCCUGGAACGACCCGGGCCCGUCCCGCAAGGCCAAGAAGGCGCAGGCCCAGAUGCACGAGGAGGAGAACAGACCGACGCUCAAGGCCAUCAUCCUCGACUUCAGCUCCGUCAACCACGUCGACCUGACGUCCAUCCAGCAGCUCAUUGACGUCCGCAACCAGCUCGACCGCUACGCAUCCCCCGACAAGGUGAACUGGCACAUUGCCUGCAUCAACAACCGGUGGACCAAGCGUGCUCUCGUUGCCGCCGGUUUCGGCUACCCCGUCGACCGCAACGACGGCACCCAGCACCAGUGGAAGUCCAUCUUCAGCGUCGCCGAAAUUGGCGGCUCGGAGUCGGCGGCUGCGGUCGCGGAGAAGGCGGCCAACGAGAAGGAGCUCUCGACGCACGCGCGGGGCGCGAGGACUAUUGACGAGGAGGCCUUGGGCAAGGACGGCGCAUACGACCAAAUCGACCCCGUCUCGUCGGGCUCGAGGAAGGGCGGCGCCGGCGCCGGCAACGUUGGUGGCGGCCCUAGGAGGAAGGGUGUCGUUGUCCACGGCCUCAACAGGCCGCUGUUCCACGUCGAUCUAACGAGCGCGCUGCAGAGCGCCAUCGCCAACAGCGAGGGCAGGGGUAUUGAUGAAGAGGAUGCAGAGGACCCCAAGAGUCCCAGCACCUCUAGUGAUUGA